GGCAGCUUUAGAAGAAGUAGAAGGAGAUGUGACAGAACUGGAACUGAAACUUGACAAGCUGGUGAAGCUUUGCAUUGCAAUGAUCGAUACUGGGAAAGCAUUCUGUACAGCCAACAAGCAGUUCAUGAAUGGAAUUCGAGACCUCGCACAAUAUUCCUGUAAAGAUGCAUUGGUUGAGGCCAGCUUGACAAAGUUCUCUGACACCUUGCAGGAGAUGAUCAAUUAUCACAAUAUCCUGUUUGACCAAACCCAAAGAUCAAUUAAAGCACAGCUUCAGACUUUUGUUAAAGAAGAUAUCAGGAAAUUUAAAGAUGCAAAGAAACAGUUUGAAAAAGUUAGUGAAGAAAAAGAGAAUGCUCUAGUUAAAAAUGCUCAAGUUCAAAGAAAUAAGCAACAUGAAGUAGAGGAAGCAACCAAUAUUUUGACUGCAACACGGAAAUGUUUUCGACACAUAGCUCUGGAUUAUGUUCUUCAGAUCAACGUUCUUCAGUCUAAAAGGAGAGCAGAAAUCUUAAAAUCGAUGUUAUCAUUUAUGUAUGCCCAUCUGGCUUUUUUCCAUCAAGGCUAUGACCUUUUUAGUGAACUUGAGCCCUACAUGAAGGAUCUUGGUGCACAGCUGGAUCAGUUGGCUGUAGAUGCUGCAAAGGAGAAGAGAGACAUGGAGCAAAAGCACUCCACUAUUCAACAAAAGGAUUAUUCCAGUGAUGAUACUAAACUAGAAUACAAUGUAGAUGCAGCCAAUGGUAUUGUUAUGGAAGGUUAUCUAUUUAAGAGAGCCAGCAAUGCCUUCAAGACCUGGAACAGGCGCUGGUUCUCAAUACAAAAUAACCAACUUGUGUACCAGAAGAAAUUUAAGGAUAAUCCCACAGUAGUUGUUGAAGACUUACGGCUUUGUACAGUUAAACACUGUGAAGACAUAGAAAGACGUUUCUGUUUUGAGGUGGUUUCUCCAACAAAGAGCUGCAUGCUUCAGGCUGACUCGGAAAAGCUGCGGCAGGCAUGGAUUAAGGCUGUUCAGACCAGUAUUGCUACAGCAUAUAGAGAGAAAGGGGAUGAAUCUGAGAAACAGGAAAAGAAAUCAUCGCCUUCUACUGGAAGCCUAGAAUCUGGGAGUGAGACAAAAGAGAAGUUGUUAAAAGGAGAGAGUGCUCUACAGCGAGUUCAGUGUAUUGCUGGCAAUGCUGCCUGCUGUGAUUGUGGCUUGGCAGACCCUCGCUGGGCCAGUAUCAACCUCGGAAUCACCCUGUGCAUUGAGUGCUCUGGGAUACACAGGAGCUUGGGAGUCCAUUUUUCAAAAGUAAGAUCUUUAACGCUGGAUUCAUGGGAACCUGAACUUCUAAAGCUUAUGUGUGAAUUGGGAAAUGAUGUUAUAAAUAGAAUAUAUGAAGCGAAGUUGGAAAAAGUGGGAGUAAAGAAGCCACAACCUGGAAGCCAAAGGCAGGAGAAGGAGGCAUACAUCAGAGCGAAAUAUGUGGAAAGAAAAUUUGUAGAGAAGCAGCCUAUGUCAGUAUCACUGCCUGAAUCUGGAACCAAAGUUUUGCCUCAAAGUCAGGAAGAGAAAAGGCACAGUGGCCCUGAAAAAUCCCUGUUGGCAGGGGAACAAGGUGCGGCAUCCCCAAAAGUACGAAGCAGUGACAGUGGGAUCCAGCAGAGUGCUGAUGACAGCAGAGAACUCCUUGCCUCUACUGUGUCAGUUAACAGUUUGUAUGAACCAGAAGGAGACAAGAACGAAUCUUCUGCGUUCUGUGACUCCAAACAGCCUAGUCCAGGGUUUCAGCUGUAUCGAGCUGCCUUUGAGAAGAAUCUUCCUGAUAUGGCAGAAGCAUUGGCCCAUGGAGCUGAAGUAAACUGGGUCAACGUGGAAGAAAACAAAACAACCCCACUCAUUCAGGCAGUGCGAGGGGGUUCCUUGGUUACUUGUGAAUUUUUGCUGCAGAAUGGGGCCAACGUGAACAUCAAGGACAUGAAAGGAAGAGGACCCCUGCACCAUGCCACAGUUCUAGGGCACACUGGACAAGUGUGUUUAUUCCUAAAACGAGGAGCAAACCAGCAUGCCACUGAUGAAGAUGGAAAAGAUCCAUUGAGUAUAGCAGUAGAAGCUGCAAAUGCAGAUAUUGUAACAUUGUUGCGUUUGGCAAGGAUGAACGAAGAAAUGCGUGAAUCAGAAGGACUCUAUGGACAGCCAGGAGAUGAAAUUUAUCAGGACAUUUUUCGUGACUUUUCUCAAAUGGCAUCAAAUAAUCCAGAGAAGCUAAACCGCUUCCAGCAGUCAGAUUCCCAGAAGUCUUAAGCCUCAAGAUGGAAAACGACCUGAUCCUUGUAGUGCAAGUCUUUUUUUUUACUGUAUUGGAAUGAAUUAUAUGAACUAUAUUUUGUUAGUUGGAUAAAAUGACCACUCUAAUGUAGCUUUAGGUUGUGGUAGCUGGGGAAAUGCAUGAGUUGUUUUAUGUUCUACAGGAUGUAUACCUCAGCAGCUGAAGAAAAUGAUUAAAAAAAGGAAUACCUGCUAGCUCAGUAUCAAAGUAGUACCUACUAGGAAGU